AUGAAUGGCAUUUUGGCCCUGGGGGCACUUCACAUUGCCGCAACAAUUGAGUCGCCGGCAUCGCUAGUCUACAUUGACACCGCUUUGCAAUAUCACAAUCUCACAUUUGCGCCCUAUCGCGCAGCUGUUGACAGCAUCAACCCACUAAACUGCGAGGCUGCGCUGGCGCAGUCCAUUAUCACCACCGUUAUAGGCAUUGCUCUGCCAAGAGUUACUGCUGCUCGUGGAGAAAGCUCAAGCCUAACGGAGAACAUUGUUGUCGUAUUUGAACUCUUGCAAGGUGUGAAGAAAAUCCACCGGAUUGGUGAAUCUUGGAGCAAAUUAGAGCUCUUUUCUCGUCGAAGAAACUUUUGGGAUACUGGAUCAGUCAGCCUAGAUAGCGACACGCGGGAUGCCCUGGAGCGACUCGACGCCUUGAAUGACAGAACCAUCGCCAGCAUCGGUCCCGAUCAGCAUCAGGUCAACAAAGAUGCUAUUGUCUACCUACGGCACUUCUCAAACAAAGUUGCCAAUUUCGUUGACGCUGCCAACGUCCUGGCUUGGCUCGCUAUGAUCGACAAGGAAUUUGUGGACAAUGUGCGACGCCGACAGCCUUUAGCAUUGUUGAUCCUCAUGCAUUGGGGCGUGUUGCUCGGGGAGCUUGAUGGUCAACAUUGGUGGGCUCGAGACUCGGGCCGGGCAUUGGUAACCGAAUUAUUGGAUGCACUACAUCCCGGAGACAUGGAAUGGGCUAACGCUGUGGCUUGGCCCCAGAAAAAAAUGGGACUCUGA